AUGGUUCAAUACAAACAUCUCAUUUUUCUCCUGACUAUAGGCAUCUCAACCGCCUUUGAGAACACAUUACCCCUUGCCCUUCGGCAAAUUGAACCAACACCUCAUCCUAAUGGAAACUUCCUCUAUCAAAUGUGUUAUCCCAAUCUAGCAAAUGUCAGCCUUCUCAUCGGUUCCAACGCAGCCGAAAAACGCCUAAAAAUCAUGGCCAACUCUCCUUUUCCCUGCGAGCGCAGUAACUAUAUCAUCUACGCCUGUCUCGCCAACGGUACAUCCGCUCUCGAUUUUCUCGCCGAGCAAGAAUGUCUCUGUCCCUCCUCCUUGUGGGAACUCGAAACCGCCUGCACGGAUUGUUAUCUCGCGCAUGGAUAUCAGAAUAUCACACGAGAGGAAAGCGAUGCGAGUAUCUCCCGUUUGAGCCAGGUGGAAUGUACGGCUACACCUGUGCAACCUUUUACGAAUCUUUUACCGAGCGUCGAUGCGUCCCAAGCGUUGACGACCCCAGAUGUGCUGUUGGGAUCGGAUAGAUUUCCAAAUCAGACGGCGGUUAGCAACUAUUAUACUGGAAAUUCUGCUUGGACGGCAGGAAGUAUUACCGGAAGUGCAACGGCUAGAUUGACAAGCUAUACGGCAACAGAAUUCAGUUGA